AUGUUGGAAUUAAGUGAUUACGAUGAAAACGAAGAAGCUCAUAAAAGUAGCAAUGUGGAAUGUGUUGAAGUGAAUAAUGGGAUUAAAAUGGCUAAUAAACGAUCAAAAUCGUUGGAAAAGGAAGAAGUUGAUGAUGUAAAGCGUACAUCGAGUGAGUUAUUGAAGCGACCCGACACAGCUCCACCUCUUCUUCCGGAUUUCGUAAAGAAAGUGAAUAAGAAAAUCGAUGAACAUUCAUCGAAAUCCAAAUUUAGUGUGGAAAACCACAUUAAAUCAAAGACUGAAAUGAUUGUCACGAAACCUAAUGAAAGUGUUCCUAUUGCGUGUAAUAAACGAGAAAUGAUAUCGGCACUUACAUGGCAUGAACAUGUUUACAGGAAGCCACCAAAAAUGCCAACGCCAUUCUCAAUUGUAGACAUCUUGUGGGGUAAUGAGAAAAAGACAAUUUCACCACAAACAGAUCAAAAUAGUGAUAGCAAUAACAAUUCAAGUCGAUCGUAUCAAAAUGUUGAGCCAUCAACACUUCAACAACUUUUAAAUUUGAACAUUAAAACACCAAGUCCACGAAGCUUCGAACAUACAAACAAUCAAUUGAUUCAUAAUGGAAUUAGCAAGCGCGGUUUGUCACUAAGUGAAACGAGUGAAGACGAAAGUGUCGCAAGUGAUCAACCUUUGAAUCUUUGUGUCAUUAAAUCGCGCGACUCAUCACCUGGGGCGGAUAGAUCAAGUGGGAAAACAAAGAAAGAUUUAUCAGCCAAAUCGAUUCUCAAGCGAAAGAGAUCGAUUGAAGUUACUUCCGAUUCUUAUUUAUCAAACGACUCAAUGAGCUAUAAAGACACAGCAAAUGGAAAAGAAAUUGAUGAUGAUGAAUCAAUCAACGAGGAUGGAUACGAUGAACAGUCGCCGGAUGGAAAAAGAAAAAAGAAAGCCAGAACAACAUUCACAGGACGUCAAAUUUUUGAGCUUGAAAAACAAUUUGAGGUGAAGAAAUAUUUGAGUUCCAGUGAGCGAUCGGAAAUGGCGAAAUUGCUGAAUGUGACAGAGACUCAGGUCAAAAUUUGGUUUCAAAAUCGUAGGACAAAGUGGAAGAAGCAGGAGAACGUAACUCACUUAGAUUUGAGUGAACACAAGCAGAAUGGAUCUUCAAAAAGUUCAACUAAUCAGGAUUUUCAAACAGAAACAUCGCCUCUAGUAAAUAAAACAGGAAAAUCUGUUGCCGCUGAGUUGAGUGCUAAAAUAACAGCAAAGCAAAAUUCUCGAUUAAAGCAGCAACACAAUGGGACGAAAGUGAAUAAGCAUAUGGAGCCACCGAAGUUAAAACCUCAUGGAAUCCCUCAAAAGAUUAACAACAGUUUCAGUAACAACAUUAAACAAGUACAUGAAAUGCAAGUUCAGUUUGUUGACAAGAACUCAGUAAUGAAGAAUUCUUAUCAUAACUUUCACGACGUUGAAAGCCGUUUAGCAGCUUCAAAGAUUUCCAUAAAUGACUUUAAGAAUAAAUCAUCAGCACCUGUAGCACUAAACCUAAAGCGGAAUUAUCUUUGAAAGAAAGUUAAGUUUCAGAAAUUGAAGAGAAAAAGAGAAUAAUGAGGGUCUGCUAGUUGUUUUAAAACAAGAACAAUUUACAUGAAACAGUUUCCAUGACAUCUGAAAUAAUUCUAACCAAAAGCAUUCACACACUCGCAAAAAGCUUUUUUAAAAAGACAAUCGAAGAGAGUUGUAAAAAUUUCUGAAACAAUUUUCCAAAAUAUUUUUAUUUCCUUUAGUUGAAACUUCGAAUUUACAAAUCCUUUGUGGAAAUUUUUAUGUGUAGGAGACAUUGACAAAGUGAAGUCAAUUUAACGAGUCAGACAAGAAUAAAAUUAAGUCACGCCGAUAUUGCAUCUGUCAUGCGAUCAACAUAUCAAUCGAAAUUAUUUUAUAAAUGUAAGCAGACUUCUGGAAAACUUUCACAGAAGACUCUUCAACAGAUGUAUGAAUGUAAAAAGGAACAAUCUGAUUGCGACAAAGAGAAAUUAUAUAAAUAAAUGUCAAUUCUGAGUCAUAAAGUAGCGUUUAGUAAUUGUAGAGGGUAAUUAAUUAAUUUUGUUUUCAUAUGCUCAUUAUUGAUGUGGUUUUUUUGUAUACGAGAAAAUUGCAAUUGGCAUGACUGUAAUAAAAUUGCGAAAAGCUG